GCCUCACUCGUACGCCGGCAGCGGCCAGGACGCCCCGACCAUGGCCUGCCAGCCACAGACUGGCGGCAGCGCCCAGUGCCCCGGCCUGGCGCCUGACUGGGCGUCAGAGACGAAGCAGCGACCCAUUGACCUCCGCUUCCGCGGCCUCCGCUCCUCAGUCAACAAGAGGCAGAUCCUCGCCGACAUCUCGGGCCACGCGCGGCCGGGCGAGGUGCUGGCUGUUAUGGGGCCGAGCGGUUCGGGGAAGACAACGUUGCUGAACGUGCUGUCUGGCCGGCUGAAACCGGACUCGGGAGAGAUCCUGCUGAACGGGGAGCCGCUGACGAAGCGACUGAAGCGCAGUGUCUGCUACGUGGCCCUCCAAGAAGACAUAUUUUUCGCGAACCUCACCCUAAGGCGACACAGCGGCGUGUGA